AAGAUGUGCAAGCCCCGCGCGGUGGAGGCGGCGGCAGCGGCGGUGGCGGCGACGGCCCCGGGCCCGGAGAUGGUGGAGCGGAGGGGCCCGGGGAGGCCCCGCAGCGACGGGGAGAACGUGUUUGCUGGGCAGUCAAAGAUCUAUGCCUACAUGAGUCCGAACAAAUGCUCUGGAAUGCGCUCUCCACUUCAGGAAGAGAACUCAGUUGCACAUCACGAGGUCAAAUGCCCGGGGAAACCAUUAGCUGGAAUCUACAGGAAGCGAGAAGAGAAAAGAAACACUGGGAAUGUUAUCCGAAGCGCUGUGAAGUCAGAUGAACAGAAGAGCAAAGAUACCAGGAGAGGUCCCCUGGCGCCUUUUCCAAACCAAAAAUCCGAAGCAGCAGAACCUCCAAAAACUCUACCCCCAUCAUGUGAUUCUACCAAUGUAGCAGUUGCUAAGCAAGCCCUGAAAAAGCCCCUCAAGGGCAAGCAAGCCCCUCGGAAAAAGUCUCAAGGGAAAACACAGCAGAAUAGAAAACUCACAGAUUUCUACCCUGUGCGGAGGAGCUCCAGGAAGAGCAAAGCUGAGCUACAGUCUGAAGAAAGGAAGAAAAUAGAUGAGCUGAUUGAGAGUGGGAAGGAAGAAGGCAUGAAGAUUGAUCUAAUUGAUGGCAAAGGCAGGGGUGUGAUUGCUACCAAGCAGUUCUCCCGGGGAGACUUUGUGGUAGAAUACCAUGGGGACCUCAUUGAAAUCACCGAUGCCAAGAAACGAGAGGCUCUGUAUGCACAGGACCCCUCCACGGGCUGCUACAUGUACUAUUUCCAGUAUCUGAGCAAAACCUACUGCGUGGAUGCCACUCAAGAAACGAACCGCCUGGGAAGACUCAUCAAUCACAGUAAGUGUGGGAACUGCCAGACCAAACUGCAUGACAUCGAUGGUGUGCCUCACCUCAUCCUCAUCGCCUCCCGCGACAUCGCAGCUGGCGAGGAGCUCCUGUACGACUAUGGGGACCGGAGUAGGGCGUCCAUUGAAGCCUACCCCUGGCUGAAGCACUGACCGCACGGCCUCCCUGCCUCCCUCAAAGGACAAAGUGCCCUCCAAGGGAAAUGAAAUUUUUUUUUUUACACACAUACACACACACACACACACACACACACACACACACACACACACACACACUCUUAGCUAAUUACUUCAAAUGUUUUUAAAAAGUAUAUUAAAGAUGCCUUUUCUUGUAGUAUUUAAAUAUCUGUUACAGGUUUCCAAGGUGGACUUGAACAGAUGGCCUUAUAUUACCAAAACUUUUAUAUUCUAGUUGUUUUUGUACCUUUUUGCAUACAACCUGAACGUUUGUGCUUCCCGCGCGGUGUAAGACUCGGCACAGGUUUUAGAGAAUGGAGUUGAACAUGAACUAGGAAGCCGGGCUCUGCCCAAGAUGAAGGCCAGGACCCCCCGCACCCCACAUCCAAGGCCAGGCCGGUGUGAGGGCGCUGCCACCCCCACGCGCAGCCUGGACGGAUGUCUCCAAGCUCUUGUUCUCCUCAGCAUCCUGACAGGCAGACAAAUGACAUGUAUGAAUAUUUUUUAGCAAAAGUUUCACAGUAAGCUAGUCUUCCCCCUCUGCUUUCUCCAAAGCUUACUGAGCCCGGGGCUCGGAGGCCCGGCCAGGAACAGACCUCUUCCGCAGGCUUACGGCUUUUCCAGGCACCUUGAAGCAUCAGGGUGGGCAGUCAGACUAUAGGCGGGCCGGGAAAAGCACUGUUCUCCUGCCUGAGAAGGGCAGGUCUCCUGAAACUGCAUUAAUUCUUUAUAGAAAUGUGAACACUGAAUUUAUUUUAAAAAAUAAUAAAAAAAACACAAAAUAUUUAAAAAAAAAUCAAAAAAAGAAAAAAAUGGAAAAAAAAAACCCACAGAAAACAACUUAACAUGUAUAUAGGUUUUGAAGGAGUGAAAUGAAUGCGUUUUUCUUUUCUUCUGGGGUUUAUUUUAUUUUUUUUUCUUUUUGGCUUGGCUGGUUGGUUUGUGUAAAGAAGAUUUGAAAUGGUACUCUAUUCUAAUCAAAAGUGCGGUUUUGUAGUGGGACCAGAAAUUACUAAGCCCACACCCCCUCCCCAACCCCAAUUCUGCUGCGCAGGAAGUUCUCUACCUGCUGUCAAGACAGAACCCCUGGUAUCCCGUGAAGAUCCUGUUAGCUGUCAGUCUAGGACCCCUGUGCGAUGUGUUGGGCACUAGGGUACCUGACAGCCAGCAAGGCUUAGCAGCCAGAGAACCAGGACGUUACUUGAGUUUUGACCUGUGAGCAAGAGUAGGUGGCUUUCUUCUCCCUCCCUGGGGAGGACUAACCAUUCACCUUCAGUCCAGGGGGCUGGGGUUCAGGAGCCAGGUAUAAGAACCUACCCUUGUCCCCAACACCCCCAUCUCCCAGCCUCAUGAUGGUGCUACCUAAGAAAGUCUUCCCCACACCCUUUGCUAGCCCAGUCAGUGGUCAGACUUGGAGGAGGAUCCGACAGGAGGGUGUAACUGUGAGAUAAAGAUGUCUUGGUUGUACCUGUUUGUGGCUUAGCUUUGUAUUUAAAUAGCAAACAAACAAACAAAAAAAAGGAAAUAAACUUGAAACCUAUUUGUCAUCUUAAGAAUAAAGCAAAAAAAUUAAAAUAUUUAUUGCCAGGCAAGGCCA